AUGAAAAGCAAAUCAGAAACCUAAGUUAUUUAGCUAAUUGUAAAUCUGUAUGAGCUAGUUAUCCGAUUUCUCCAAUUAUAAAGACCCCUUANAUCAAUCAAAUCUAAGUUAUUGAAAGUUCAAGAAACUGAUCCAGAUUAAUUAGUUUAAGUUUAGAGAGGAGAGGCAUAAUCAUAUUAAAUUGAAUUAAAUAAGUAAUUAGAGGAAAAGAAAAGAAAAAUACUAGAAAUUCAAGCCAAAAAACAAGAAGAAAGAUUAAGAGUGGAAUAGAAAAUUGCUUUUGAAAAGCAAAAGAUAUUCGAAAACAAAUUAAAGGACUACAAUAUGCAUAAGUUAUAUGAGAAUGAUAAUUAUGAAUUAUCAAACUAAAGAAGAUAAAUCGGCCAUAGUUCAUCCUUGGAGUCAUAUAAUAUUAAAUUAUCUGAUAACAGUCAACAUAAACUCCCUCAUAUAUAUUCAGACAACUAUUAAGCAUAAGAAAGGAAUAAAUAAUUGCAUCUGCUCGAUUAGGAUUUGAUGAAAUAUUAGAAAUUGUAAUAGUAGUAACUCCAAUAAGAGUAAACUUAUAAUGCAAAUCAAAUUUCUAAUCAAGUUAUAAGACCAUAAUAACCUGUUUAAACACCUUUAAAGACACCACUCUCAUAAUCUUCCAAACAAUCAAAAUAAUCAAAGAAAUCUAAAUAAUUUAUCAAUCCCCUUCAUCAAGAAGGUCCUGGAUACUCUUAUAUACAUCAAAGUAAAACAUAAACUCCAAAAUCAAAACAGUCAAAGAAAUCUCUACCUCAGCCAAUUGAGAUAAUAGAUUCCUCAUUCCAAUAGCUGAGACCUAAAUACAAAAAUUAUAACAUCUUAACAGGGGCCUUGCAUAUAUAAUGA